AUGUUCCGAACAGCACUCCUCAGGUCCGCCCGGUCCGCCGUCCGCGCUGCCCCCCGAUGCCAGGCCGCAAUGGCUCGCCCCGUUGCGCGAAGCUCCUUCGUCCAGCCAAAGCAAAUGAACCCCUCCGUAUACUUCCAGGCCGUACGAUGCUACGCCGCGAGCGCUGGUCUGUCAAAAGAUGAGGUCACCGGCAGGAUAAUGGACCUUUUGAAGAACUUCGACAAGGUCACCGAUGCCUCCAAGCUGAACGCCGAAUCGCACUUCCACAACGACCUCGGUCUCGACAGUCUGGAUACCGUAGAGGUGGUCAUGGCAAUUGAGGAGGAAUUCAGCAUUGAGAUUCCCGACAAGGAGGCCGAUGCCAUCCACAGCGUCAAGCAAGCAGUGGACUACAUCAUGGCCCAGCCCGAUGGUGAGUCGCAACUUGAAAAUCCCGAAGUUGCCCGAAACUAA